GGUAGGAGGAGGUCGCAGGAGGAGUGCUCAAGUUGGCAGCAGUUGUGUGAGGAUUCCUAUGAUUUACUGCUUCCAGAUUAGAUUGGAUAGGUCACUGGAAGGUGGUCUCCAUAUCCCUGUGUAGGUGCUGUCCACAAGCCAGCGGGUCCUGAUUCUCUUUCUGGUCAGAGACCUGGAAAGUUUCGCGGGUUGUUGCUUGGCUUAAUUGCCAAGAUCCUGGCAGGGCAUGAAUUUAUCCUUUUUGGAGGGGUUGGGCUCAGUGGACCCCCAGCUGCAGCAUUUCAUCGAAGCGGAAACUCAGAGGCAGCGCUUCCAGCAACUAGUCCACCAGAUGACUGAGAUGUGUUGGGAAAAGUGUAUGGACAAGCCGGGACCAAAGUUGGAUAGCAGGACUGAAUCCUGUUUCGUCAACUGUGUUGAGCGCUUCCUUGACACUAGUCAGUUUAUUUUGAACCGACUAGAGCAUCAGCAGAAAUCCAAGCCAGGCUUUUCAGAGAACUUGCCUGACUGAUCAGUUUCCCUCAUCUCUACUGUCACUGAACUUUUGGUAAAGAAAACUCUAAUUCAAAAAAACUGUGGAUGGAAUUUAACGAUAACAAUAUUAAUAAUAAUAACCCUAUGCGAAAGUUGGCUAACAUGUUUAGUCAUAACAUAUCACAUUGGAUUGUCCUGUCAUUUGAAUGAGUCAAGAUCAAUUUUGUGCUUUUGGGGUUUCUGUGUGUGGCUAUGUAUGUUGUUUUUAGUGUCAAACUUGUGAACACUAUGGGCAGAUGAAUGAAAACCAAGACAUUAAUAGUGUCUUGUAACAAUCACUGCUCAAGGGACUGUCUUUUUAAAAGCACACUAGUUAUCUCUGUAUCUUCACAAUGCGAUCAUAUAGAUUGACUUUUCUCUGCACAUGUUUAUUUAAAGCUUGUUUGAGGGUGGGCUUUAGGGAGGUAGGGUUACAAUUCUAUAUCUAGGAAUAGAAAAGAAAUCAACUUAGUACUUUGAUUUAUGAUCUCUUUAUCCACUAUGAUUAUUGGAGCUGGACAGAUACUAUAUCAUGUUUAGUUUACACACCUGUUUUGACCAAAAUUCAUCUCAAGCCCCUUUACUGUUAUUUAUUUUGCAUAAUUAUAAACAAUGGCCCACUGUAGAUAAUGUUGAGAUCCUAGAUGUCUUUGGAUAACGAGACAUCAAACUUUACUUAUUUCCUCCUUCCUCUUGGCAAUCUCUGAAAGAAAAUCACUUGCUUUGGAUAUCAUUGUACGAGGUAACUGAAUAUUGUGUCUAAAUUAAUUUCAAAGCUCCAUUCCCAGAUAAUAUAAAACUCAUUUUAGUUGAAGGCAUAUAUUGGUGUAUUGACUGAGGCAUUGUAGUAUAGUGAUAUACUAAAUUUCAAGUCAAAGUAUAGGAUUCAAAACCUUUCUCAGCUAUUUCCCCCAGUAUGACCUUUAGCAAACAACUUAACCUUUGUGAGACAUAGUUUUCUCAAUUAUAAAAUAGACUUGAACCAGAAAAUUUAGAAAAUUUCUUACAGUUCUAAUUCUAUGUCCCUAUGAUUCAUUGUCCCAUUACUAUAUUUUUGGAGAAUUCAAAUCAAAACCUUUUCCUCUGAUAGGGAUAAAAUCCAGUUUCAUGUACAACCAUCUUUUUUAAUUGUACUAUAUUAUGAAAAUGUUUCUUUUAUCCUACAAACUAAAAAAUAAAGGUUUUUAAAAAAAUUCUUUUAAAUUCUAAGCAGGUGCUUAAGUUCUUUUGACUUUAGUGUUAUGAUGGCUGAUUUUGAUUUAUUGAACUUCUUUAAGAAUUGCUAAUGUUCUUUCAUUCUUCCUUUUACAGAGCCCAAAGUUUGUUUGAGUAGAUCAGGUUGGAAUUGCUUCUCAAUGACCUAAAUCUAUAUCUUUGACAGUAGAUUUGGGGUAGACUACUACAAUUUUUGCAAUAUCCUUCUAAUAGGUCUCCCUGCCUCUAGUUUCUGCUGUCUUCCAAUAUAUUCUCCAUAUACUUGUCAAAAUGAUACUCCUAUAGCAAAAGUCUGAUCAUGUCACUCCCUUGAUCAAGAAGUUCUAAUGAUUUCCAUUUGUUUACUGCAUAAAAAAGAAGCUUUUUAAAAAAUUCCUUCAAUAAUAUGGUUUCAUUUUACUUUCUCAUGCUUAUGCCAGGUUUUUCUCCUUCAGGCACUCUAUAUUCCAGUCAAAAUGACCUGCUUGCUAUUAUUCAAUUAAGGUAUUCCAAUUCUUGUUUCCUUAACUUUUCAUAGGCCAUUUCCUGUGACUGGUAUGUACUUCCAGUCUUACUAUUCCCCAGUUUCCUAUGAAGCUCAGUACGUGUUACCUAUCUUGGGCUCUUUCAUCCCUAGUGUCCUAUCUCUGAAAAAUAAUUUUGCAUGUAUUUUGCAUUUUCUUUUAUAUAAUACAUUUUCAGCCAUAGAAUCUAAG